AUGCCGGGGUCGAUGGGCCGAGAGGACGAGACCCGAGAAGUGACUUGUAUGAGCGGGGGUUUCAAGUACAAUCCCGAGUUCCCUACGAACAUGGAGGGGAUUGCACAGACGCUGGUUGGCGGGCGCGACGUGAAGUGGGACGGGGGCGUCAGGGCGCUGUCGGAGGGGGGCUUGCGAACACGGUCGGGGUCGCAGUCGCAGACGCAGGCGCAAACACAACUUGAGCUCUGA